ACUUCCAUAACGCUGUCAACCAACAUGCCUGACCUCCAGCCUUCAGCCCGGCUCUAUACACGCUUCCAUCUGAGCUACUACGACCAUUUCGUGUUGGGUUUCGUCAGCACCUGGCUAUGGCGUGCAUCAUCUUCCAUACAGCUGCUUUUCUUCAAGAAAUACAUCGGUGAGAACGCACACAUGGACGUGGGCGUCGGCACGGGCUACUACACCGCGGCCUCGGCUCCGCAACUCGCGAAGACGAAGAACGUCACCCUGCUUGACGUCAAUCCGAACACGCUCGAGCUUGCCGAGGCGCGCUUGCUCGCGGCAGGGUACAGGGGUACCACCGAGACGGUGCGGCAGAGCGUGUUCGAUCCGCUGCCCGUGACGCUGCGCGGGCGGUUCGACUCGAUUUCGUUGCUGUACACGUUGCAUGUACUACCGGGCACAUUCCCCAUCAAGGCGAGCCAUGUCUUCGCAAAUCUCUCCGCGGGGCUGGCGUCGGCUGGUGUACUGUACGGUACGACCGUCUUAGGGAAAGACGCAGGCCACAGCUGGCUCGGCAGGCUCUUCCUUCGGCGCCUUAAUCAGACAGGCAUCUUUGGCAAUGCUACCGACACACUGGGGAACCUGGAGAAGGCGCUGAGAGGGAGCUUCGAGGAGGUCGAGAUAUGGCAGACUGGCGUUGUUGCCUUCUUCGUUGCGCGCAAACCUUUCCGUAAAUACUCCAUCUCCAACCGCAUUGUUGUAUAUGUUUAAUAACACAAGUACUGUGCGAUGUGACCGAGUCGUGCCACAAUUUCAAGUACCGCCAUUCUUGCGGAUU